CGACUACGCAAUAUCCUUCCUCUCAACCAAACUAUUAAUUCACAAGUUCGAAGCAGCCACCACACAAAUGAAGUCGUCAAUCUCCAUCACCUCCAUCCUUGCCAUUGCGGCCUUCGUCGCUGGCACACCCGUCGACCACGGAUCUCUCGCCAAACGCGCCGCAGCCCCGCCCUUCAACACAGCUCUGACAAACUGGGUCAACACCGAGACCACCUAUGCCAAGAACGGCGUUCUGGCCAACAUCUCACCAUCUGGUGCUUCCGCAGGUUCUGUCCAGGCUGCCCCCUCAACCUCCAACCCGGACUACCGGUACCACUGGGUGCGCGAUGCCGGAAUCACCCUGCACGAGGUUUCUGGAUGGCUGAAUGCCACAUCCGACUCGUCCGCAGCCGCUGUCUACAACAAAAAGCUGGCAGACUAUGCGACAUUCAGUCGCACAAUCCAGACAGUCUCCAGUCCGUCCGGCCUGGGAACUGCCAAAUUCUACAUGGACGGUACCGCCUACACGGGGCCCUGGUGCAACCCGCAGCGCGAUGGUGCCGCAAUGCGUGCUGUGUCGCUGAUCAGCUACGCACGGUACUUGAAGUCGCAGGGCAAGGACGUGACGCAGUACUACGACGGCAAGAGCCCGACCAACUCGGUCAUCAAGGCUGAUCUCGAGUACGUCGCCAAUAACUGGAACGCGGAUUCCCAGGGCUGCGACAUCUGGGAGGAGGUCCGUGGCAACCACUUCUACACGCGCAUGAUCCAGCGCCCAUGGUAUAAUACUCAGGCAACGGCUAUCACCAAUGGCAUGGAUGCGUUCUGGAGCGGCAGCAUCAUUCUCCCGACCAUCAACUACAACGGCGGUGUGUUCCUGGCCGUCCUGCAUGCCUCUCUUGAAGAUGGAUUCUACACUGUCGAUUCGGAUCGUGUGCUGGCCACGAUUGUCCAGCACAUUGCCAAGUUCAACUCAAUGUAUGCAAUCAACACGGCCACAACGACGACCAUUGCGUCAACCAGCGUGCCGGUGGGUCCGGCGCUCGGCCGCUACCCCGAAGAUACAUACAACGGGUAUGAGUCGGGACAGCAGGGCAACCCGUGGACGCUGAUCACCUCGGGCAUGGCCGACUCACCUCUGCUGUACGGAAUCACGUUCAGCAACUCGUACAGUGUUGGGAGCACAUACGGCAGCGGGUCGGCAACAUUUAAUGAGAUAUUGGCCAACACCAUGCUGGGUGGCGACCGCUACAUGGCUCGCGUCGCCCGCCACACUGACGCGAACGGCAAGAUGUGGGAGGAGUGGAACCUGAGCACCGGCUUCGGCCAGGGCGCCCCUGACCUGACUUGGUCGUACGGAGCCCAUGUCUCUGCUGCCACAAGCCGUGCUGCUGCCUCCAAGAUCGUGUACGGCGCUUAGACAGGAAAUAUGAUAGUAUGUUAUGUUGCAAUAUAUGAACAGUACCAAGGAAU